AUGGAAUCGGUGAGCUCCGGCGACGGCUAUCCCCAGCUACGGACGACCGUCGGCCAGCGCCGGCUCCGUCGGCACGGCGCCGAUCCUCGCCCGCGACCCUCGACGCGACCUCUUGUUUUGGGAAAUCUGCAGGCCAUCCACCCGAGCCCAUCCAUGGAGGGAGAGGCCGUUGACGCCGAGCUGCGGCUCGGCCCUCCGCGCAGCGGCGGCGCGUCGGCGGAGAGCAAGUACGUCAAGGUGAGCGUGGAAGGAGCCCGGUACCAGCGGAAGGUGGACCUGAUGGCUUACGGAGGGCACGCGGAGCUCAGGGCGGCGCUCCUGGGCUUGGCUGGCCAGAUGCUGGACUUGGUCGUCGCCUACAAGGACGAGGACGGCGACAUCUUGCUCGCCGGCGACCUCCCCUGGGACAUGUUCGUCCCCGACUGCAGGAGCAUCAGGAUUAUGAGACGGUCGACGACGGUGACAAGCAGCUAG